AUGAGGGUGACAAGACGCUUGCUUCAAAGUGUGAAACUGUCGUAUGAUUUACUGUCACCAACUUGUAGAUCUCACGAUGCGAAACAAUCUGUAGUAAUCAUGCACGGGUUUCUGGGCAACAAGAACAACAACCGCACUCUGGGUCGUAAGUUGGUCGAGGCACUGCAGCGACCCGUGUACCUUGUCGACAUGAGGAACCACGGUUCUUCCCCCCGUACCGCAGAGUUCAAUUAUAAAGCGAUGUCCGAGGACAUCUUCCAAUUCAUCAGGGAUCACCGAUUGGAAAAGCCCCUGCUGUUGGGUCACUCCAUGGGGGCCAAAGUCGGGAUGACUUGCGCACUGGGGGACCCAAAGCACAAACUUGUGUCCCAAUUGGUGUGCAUCGAGAACGUACCCGUAUGCACGCAACCAAACGGCAAGUUCGCCGAGUACAUCACGUGGCUGCUGCGGAUCACACAACAGUCCAAGAUCAAGACGCUGGCACAGGCGGACGCGUACCUGGCGCAAUUUGAGAGUGAUGAGAAAAUCAGACAAUUCCUACUGUCGUCUACGUUACAAAGACGCCCCCCGGGGGGACAGGGACCUACAACGCCCGCGUUCGAACCCAAAAUACCCCUGGCGCAGUUGAGGGAGUCGCUGCUGAGGGGGGAAGUAUCCGGGUGGACACACGACCCGCGGCGUGAACGGUUCACGGGUCCAACUUUGUUUAUAAGAGGCACGCUGUCAGAGUACAUCGCAGACGAGUACAUCCCGACGAUCGGGCUAUUCUUCCCACGGUUCCAACUCGAAGACGUCAAAGGCGCGGGCCACUUCGUCAACGCCGAACAGCCGGACACUUGCGCCGAGCUCAUCAAGCGCUUCGUGGAGAGUGACUGA